AUGGGCAGAAAACAAGCGCGUGGAGUACCUCCUAUGCCAAGUCAAGACACUGGAGACGAGAUGCCUUCCGCCAAAUCCAAGAGGAGGAAAGUAAAAAAGGAGCUCAAUGAUGUGGAGGAGCCGGAGGCUGGGACAGAAGCCGUCAUUGAGAUGGAAGGUCUGACCAACCGCAGGUCGUCGGACAGCCAAGAACCCCUGACCCCAGAGCUUCCAGACGUUCCUCAACAGAAGAGGAAGAAGAAAAAGAAGGCACACACCCCAGAUCUGGAGGGGGAGCAGCCAGAGCAUGUGAAUGGAGAUGUGCUGGAGCAACAGACGGAUGGAGAAGAGGUCACAAAGAAGUCGAAAAGGAAGAGGAAGUCAAAGAUGACAGAGAGUCAUAAUCCCAAUGAGCUGGGUGUGGAGGAGGAUGACAUCAUUACAGAUGUGCAUGCUCCAGUCUCCCAGCGUUCACUCUUCUCUGCUCCACUGGGACACAGCCAGCCUCUCAGUAAAGUGUUUGUGGAGAGAUCUCGGAGGUUCCAGGCGACAGAGCGGCUGGACCUGGGCCGCCAGGGGGAGCAGUUAGAGGAGUUCAUGGAGGUCAGACCCAUGUGGAGCACCAGAGAUGUUGCCAUGAGGGUGCACAGUGGCUUUAGGGUCAUCGGGCUCUUUUCUCAUGGUUUCCUGGCUGGGUAUGCCGUGUGGAAUAUUAUUGUUGUGUAUGUGUUGGCAGGAGAGCAGUUGACAACCCUGCCUAAUCUCUUACAACAGUAUCACAGACUGGCCUAUCCUGCCCAAUCACUGCUCUACCUACUGCUGGCCAUCAGCACUGUGUCUGCCUUUGACAGGGUGAAUCUAGCCAAGGCCACCAUGGCUUUACAAGGAUUCCUGACCCUCGACCCAGCAGCUCUGGCCUCCUUUUUGUACUUCGCUGCACUGAUCCUGUCUCUCAGUCAGCAGAUGACAAGUGACCGGAUCAACCUGUAUCCCACUGCAAACGAGACGCUUUGGCCACCAGGGUCAGAGCAUCAGAUCCUGCAGCCCUGGAUAGUGGUGAACCUGGUAGUAGCUCUCCUGGUUGGACUUGCCUGGGUGUUUCUGUCCUCUCGGCCUGACAUGGACUACACUGAGGAUUUCCUAAUGGCCAUGGAGGUGGAGGAAUACCCCAGACAUGAUGAGAAGACAGACAUCCCAGCCUGA